AUGGCGCCACCAUCCUUGCCAUCUUACCUUGACCCAGAAGUGUUACCUAGACUUCUUGAGAAUGUCAAUGAGCAUGUACAAGCCCUCAGUUCCGGGGAUCUCAAGGCACGGGACGCGGCAAUUGAGGCCUGUCGAACACUUGCAUCGACCCUUGAAUCUCCCAGUGAAGCCUUUGUGAGGAUGACAUGGGUCGAGCCCAGUCAUCUUUCGUCUAUGCGUGUUGCCCUUGGAAUGGGGCUGUUCGAACAGCUAGCAGCCGACAGUAGCUCGCCGAAGAGCAGUGCUCAACUUGCAGCCUUAUGCUCAGCUGAUCCACGAUUGGUUGAGAAGACUUUGAAAGUGCUUGCCGCAGUAGGCACUGUACGUGAGGUCGACGCAGAUAGCUAUGCGUCGAGUCCUCUUUCGCAGUCGAUGACACGAUCCAUCUUCAGUGACAGUCUUUCUUUGAUGCACGACUUCUGCAUCCCGAUCAACCUCAAGACGGCCGACUUCUUCGCGCAAAAUGGCUACAAAUACCCUGCUGACCCGCUGAGUGCCCCGGCUCAGUUUGCGCACAACGUCAUGGGAAAGACUCAUGUAAUGCAGCUAUAUGAGGAGCAUGACCAAGCUCAGAAAUUCGGCAGUAUGAUGGCCACAUGGAUGCUGGGGCGGCCUCAUUGGUCUGACAACAGCUUUUACCCGGUCCAGGAACGACUUAUACAAGGCGCAACGGGUGAGCACGAUUCAGUCUUCCUCGUCGAUGUUGGAGGCAGCACUGGGCACGACCUCAGCGCCUUCUUAGCUCUCCAUCCCCUCGGCACCUUCCCAGGACAUUUGGUCGUGCAGGACCGUGCUGAAGUCAUCGACACUAUCCCCAAGGGUAGCUUAAGCGCCGGUAUCCAGCCCAUGGCCCAUGACUUCUUUACUCCACAGCCUGUGCAAGGAGCCAGAGCAUACUUUCUCCACAACAUCAUCCAUGAUUGGGAUGACGACAAGGCGCGUGCUAUCUUGAAAAACCUGGCGGCUGCUAUGAAGAAGGGAUACUCCAAGCUAUUGCUAUGGGAGUACGUGCUUCCGGCGAAGAACUCGCCUCCCACACUCUCAGCUCUUGACUGGGAGAUGAUGUCCUUCUGGGCCGCUAGUGAGCGGUCAGAUGGUCACUGGAGACGCAUACUCGAAGAUCCUGAGAUCGGCCUCAAGGUCAAUGGAUUUUGGAGUUACAGUCAAUACGAUCAGACUGUGAUCGAGGCCGAAUUGGCUUGA